GAAGUCAAGAGUCUUAUCAUUUCAAAUGGCAUUGUUACAAACUUGUCUUCCAUCUCUCAAAAUGGCUACAAUUUCCUCUUUCACAAUCUCCUCCAAAACCCUAACCCUAAACUUACCUUACCACACCAAAACCCCAAAUUUCAACUUCAAUCCUCUCUCUAUCAAAUCCAAACCCAGUUCACGAAACCCUAUCCGAAUUCAAGCGGUACUUGAUGAAGAUUACUCCUCAAAGAGAAGCGGUAGCAAUGAACAGAGAGAGACAAUUAUGCUUCCUGGUUGUGAUUACAAUCAUUGGCUUAUUGUAAUGGAGUUUCCUAAGGAUCCUGCACCUUCUCGUGACCAAAUGAUUGAUACUUAUCUUCAAACUCUUGCCACUGUCUUGGGAAGCAUGGAAGAAGCUAAGAAGAACAUGUAUGCCUUUAGCACCACAACUUACACUGGAUUUCAGUGUACUGUUGAUGAAGCAACCUCUGAGAAAUUCAAGGGUUUGCCUGGUGUUCUCUGGGUACUUCCAGACUCAUACAUAGAUGUUAAAAAUAUGGACUAUGGAGGUGACAAGUACAUCAACGGGGAGAUAAUUCCUUGCAAGUACCCUACUUAUCAACCAAAACGCAGUGGAUCAAAGAAUGACGGUAAAAGGUAUGAGAGACGGAGGGAUGGCCCUCCUGCUGCUGGGCGUCAAAAGCCAAGACAAGAGACAGCUGCCUCAGAUUCAUCCUCUACAUGAGCCUUCAAGUGAUUUUCAGUUUUGUUGAGAGUAAUUCCAAAAUAAAGGAUUGUUCCUCCUUGAUCACGCAGCAUUAUCAAGCUCAUAUAACUCCUAGAAGCUGCUCAAACCCAUAUUGAAUUCUCACUAGAUGCAUAGUGUUAUAUAAAGUUUACAGCAUACUCAAAAGGGCAUUUCACAAAUUAUCUUAGGAAUAUGUGCUUUUGGACUGUGACUAUGAGAUGUAAGACUGGUGUUAGGGUUGUUUGUCUGUGUAAUUUGGAGUUACUUAUCACUCAACCAGAUUGAGCUUUUGUGACAAGUAUUUCCUUGGAAGACCAUGGCAUUUUGAACACAUAAAGUGACUGAUAGGAACACAACUAUUGUUUCAGACAAUGUGCAUAUUUAGCCUAGGUGUGAUGAUGCAUAAUUACACCAGCCAUGAUAAGAAUACAAGUAUGUAUUAGCUUUCUUAA